GCUCGGCAACAAUACGAAGCGAGUAUUCCAUCCUCUGACACCCCACCGUCCAAGUCCCCGUGAAGCUCCCUGCCGCGUAAACCUGCAGUGAUACGCGUGCGUCCUGUACCUGGCACCCCGCGUUUGUAAGACAACAAAUCUAGCAACAUGCCGGUGGCAGCGACAAUUCAGCCGUUCGUGUGCGGGGGGGCGGCAGCAUGCUUCGCGUCGUGCUGUAUCCACCCCAUCGACCUGGCCAAGGUACGUAUCCAGCUGCUGGGGUCCAUGGCGCCGGACACGAAGAAGCCUAGCUUCCCGGCCCUGCUGACGCACAUGGUCAAGUCCGAGGGCAUCUCGUCGAUUUACGCUGGUCUCUCGGCGGCGAUCAUGCGGCAAGCCAUCUACGGCACGGCCCGCAUCGGGCUCCACCGCACCUUCUCAGACAAGCUGCAGGAGAGAAACAAGGGCUCCGAGAUCCCUUUCUGGAUGAAGCCCCUGAGCGGCAUGAGCUCCGGGGCCAUCCCCGUGCCCAUCGGCCCCCCCAUGGACGUGGCCCUCGUUCCCAUCCAUUCGGACUCGAUGAACCCGAAGGAGGAGCGACGCAAUUACAAGCACGUGAUCGACGCGCUCAGGCGCUGCGCGGCGGAAGAGGGGGUCGGGUCUUUGUACGCGGGGUUGGCGCCUAACAUCUUGCGGGGGAUGUCGAUGAACGUCGGGAUGAUGGCUUGCUACGACCAGGCCAAGUCCACUAUGAUGCAGGUCUUCGGGGAGACUGACCCCAAGAGCCCGGGCUUGCCAGUGAAGCUGAGCUCGGCCGCCGUCGCCGGAUUCACCGCCGCGGCCUUCUCGCUUCCGUUUGACAUGCUGAAGUCGCGACUGCAGGACCAAAAGCCCGACAGCAAGGGCAACAUGCCCUACAAGGGGCUCGCGGACUGCGCGUCGGGCAUCCUGCGGAAAGAGGGGCCGCUCGCCUUCUGGACGGGCUUCACCGCCUACUACGGCCGCUGCGCCCCGCACGCCAUGAUCAUCUUGCUCAGCAUCGAGAGCAUCACCUCCGCCUACAGGACGGUCUUCCAGAUUGAGUGAUCUACGAUCAGCUCGAAGUUAGGGGGGGUGGGGGGGCACGCGUUUGGGCGAUGGGGGGUGGGGGGGGAUGAAAUCCACCCCCAACAUUUCUAGAUGAUGAGAGGACGCGGGCGGGGCUAUGCUGUGCUGCGGGCUGGCAAGAAGGGAACGGGCUGCGUGUUGCGCGCCGGUGGCCUUGUUUUGUUUUGUUUUUCUUGUGUGAAUUGUGUCGGCUCAUUGCGUAUGAGGGGCGAUGGCCGGAUACUUGUUUUGUUUUGUUUUUUGUCAGGUGUGCCUUGGUUAUGCUGCGGGUGAGGGCGGGGGGCAUGGGGCGAUGGGUGGGUUCUCCGAAGGGGGUACACAUCCGUCUACGCUGGAAAAAAGAAGUGUCUUCUCGGCGAAUAAUUUGCGAGAUUUUGGGUACCAAAUGAUCGUCAACGCGUUCAGGUCAAUUACAAAGAGACAUACUACAGUCAUGGUGCGCGUGAACAGAGGGCUGGAAGCAGGCCGAGGCUACGUAGCCAGUUGGAAGAUGCUAUGUCGGGUGGGGGAAGGAAACACUAUAACUCUAUCGUCAUGUUCAGGAGGGAGUGCUGUGCACUGACGGCGUGCAGAACACCCGACGAUCCAGAGCCUAAACAGUCGGUCGCGCGGCGCCUACUGACGUUCUAGUGACUUGCCAAGAUGUAGCCCCCCCCCCCCCCUCCAACAGUCCGUGGCGAACGCCCGCGUCCUUCGACGUGUUUGGUUGCACACACUUUGACCAAGCAUUCGUGGAUGCAUUCCAGCCACAAAUGGCGAGCAGAGGGAAGGAACAAUGACGAUCAAGUCGUAGACACGGAGGUUUUUCUGUUCUAGAAGUGUUUCCGUGGUAACUCGCCGUUUCUGGUGCCACACACGCUUCGGAGUGGGCUGGCAGAAGAUAUAGAGCGGGUUGAGCCGCCGUAGACAUGAUUUGCACGUGUGAUGGUUUUGUUUCCUUUUCAUGAUCCACAUUCUUUUCAUAAAUAGCGCAGCUGCCACACACCCUUUUGCUGGUGAUUUUUGGGGGGCGGGAUAACAGCAAAAUGUUUCUUGCCAGGAUAGGCUACAAUAGGCGAUUGAUUCUCUUUUCUACUCUAAUUUUGUCCGCCCUCUCUUUUUUUUUUUCUUUUUUUGGUAGAUCUAUUUUUGUUGUUUCUCCUCUGGCGUUGGUGAAGACGGCCGCUGCUGCCACCAGUUUUUGGUGGUGACCAAUUUUUUCGGAAACAAACGGUGAACUUCAUCGCG